AUCUAAAUGCUAAUUUCAGUUAGCGCGUCAAUGACGUUAUCCAUUAUAUGUUAGCAUUGAGCUAGCGGACCAAGCGCUAGUUAUUUGGCAAUUCACAACGCAGGCUGCUUGGAGGUGUGGCGGGGCACAAUGGCGCCGCUUUCACACCAAGCCCCCAGGAAGUGCGCCGGACUCUGAGGAGAACAUUCGAGAGUUAUUUCCCUCGGCAUUAUGAACGCGCAUCCAACCCACGGGACCGCGCCGCCCGGCACCUUCAUGUUACGUGUUCUGUACUACAUGCGUUUUACCCUUAACCAUAGACUAUUUUCCCAGGGACUGCAGCUAAGGCAAAUUGACUUGCUGCAGGAUGGCGUGGCAGGAAGCAGUCGCACGCUGUCAACAAUUAGCCUGAAGUUGAGGAAGGUCUGCAAGAGUGCAAUCAAGAGGAGAGAAAGGAGGGGAAAGCAGAGACUUGGAGGACCAAACGAAUUUGUCAUGCUGGACGAAAGCAACUUCUACCACAAAAGGAAGUAUGGUAGGGGAAGAUUCGGUCCUACGUGGAGGAGGAGAAAAUGGGUCUUUGGAAUGCUGGGCAUCAGAGGAAAAAGGAGAAGACCUAUCCUGAGGCUGGUGAAACAAAGAUCACGGCGCCACUUAAUUCCUCUGGUCACAAAAUACGUUCGCCAAGGGACCACGGUGAUAACGGACAUGUGGAGGGCAUACACCACUGCAAUCGCAGAAAGUGGCUUUGUCCAUUUCUCUGUGAACCACAGCCGGUCAUUUGUGAACCCAGACACAGGAGCCCACACCCAAAACAUUGAGCGGGCUUGGUCAACGUACAAGUCACAGGUCUGGAGACUGCAAAGAAACCGCACAGUGAAGACUCUGAAGAGUCAUCUUGCUUUCAUCGAGUGGACACAUUGGCUGGCAAAUGAACACAAAGAUGGUCCCUUAGGCAGAUUGCUGCAUGACAUACGCCACUUUUGCAAGUUCUGAUGCAACCUUGUUUUCAUUAUUAGUGUCCUUUGGAUUGUUGUUUAAAUAAAAAUGUAAACUUGAGUGCA